AUGAUCGCCAUUUCUGUGGCGGAUUCAUUUACAGCGCCAGGUGGAUCAUCACAACAGCUUCCUGUGUUGCUGGGUAGGCAGAAAACCGCCAGCAAAUUGAAAGUGGUCGUCGGUCAGGUGAGCGCCAUCGCCGCCGAUACCAACGAGCAAACGUUGGCUGUUUACACCAUCACACCUGUGCCACAGUACAGCAGCACGAAUCAGUCUGGUGACAUCGCUCUCCUUAAGCUUACAGCCGACAUUGAUUUCGAUUACGUCAAUGUCGAUUUCGUCGCAUACAACGAAUUAGACAACAAUUUACCUGCGGUAGUCAUGGGAUGGGGCGCAACUUUCGAAGGAGGAUUAGAAUCCGUUAAUCUCCAUUACGGAGAGGUUGCCCUUAAUCUGAUGACUUCGACCUCAUCUUGCGGAAUUUACAACACAACUGAGUUUAACUUCGCGACCAUGAUUUGCGCUUCGAACAAUCCCGCCGCAACCACCCUAGCUCCUCCUCCUACUGCAACUUCAAGUCCUGUUGGAUCUCCCUGCCACUACGACGAGGGCUCCCCGUUGGUUCAAGUCAAGGACAACGUUCCGACCGUUGUUGGCAUCUUGUCCAAGACUGAUGGUUGCUCGGCGGAGUCUUAUGGUGUUUACACCCGCGUCUCCAUCUUCUACUCGUGGCUGCUCAACACGGCCGGUCCGCAGCCAAUCCGGCCAACAACGCCAGCCCCAACAACGACAACGACAGCAGAGGGUAUGAGGAUGAGGCGUAAAUAA